UAUUUUUUCUAUCAAAUGGUGAUCAAAUGAGAUUGUGUAAUUUUAGAAUAAAAAAUAAUUCUUUCGCUAUAUAACAAUUUAAGAAAGUUAAUUUAUGACGAAUGUUUAAAUCAGUCGCGCUGCUUAAAAUAGUAUAUCCAGUAGUGAGAGUUGGUUUUGUGCCUGAAAAGAGUUAUCAAAUAUUUUCUCAACACAUAAGAAGAAUGACUUCAUUAAGUAGUGUACCAUUAGUCGACAUAGACCCUAGUGGUGUAUUUAAAUAUAUUUUAUUAAAAGUUUAUGAAGAAGGAAAAAAUGGUCAAGAGCCUGAAAUAACGAUAGUCAGAGGAUAUAAAAGAUGUGAAUAUCAUGCUGAUAUAUAUGAUGAGGUACAAGCUAAACUUAAUCCACUUGAUUGUGAACCAUUAGGCGGAGGAAGAAUAUCUCAUGAUCCAGAUAAUAAAAAAAUUCACAUUUAUGGCUAUUCACAAGGUUAUGGAAAAGCUGACCAUGAAAUUGCUGCAAAACUUGUUAAAGGGGCCUACCCAGAGUAUACUAUAUCUAUCAGUGAUGAAGGGUACUAAAGAUUACACUAUGUAAAAUAAGCUGUUUAAUAUUGAUAAUGUAUAUGCCUACAUACAACCUUCAUUAUUUUAUUAAUUGAGAACUAACCACCCUGUUUUCUAGUUCCUUCUUAAUGUAACUCUCUUUUACAGUCGAGUAAAUGAAAAUAAACAGCCCUGUUGUAUUUGUGGAAGUGUAUCUACCCAAAGUUAAUUAUAACCACCCAUAAUAAACUAUAAACUUUUUAUAUGUUUUAAUAAACCAGUUUUAUUUA